AUGGAGUCGAUCGCGAGGAUCUCGGGUCUCAUGGAGACUGCGAGAGAGCUGACCCUCGACGCCGCCCAGGCGACGCGCAACAUGAGCAACAUGCGCACCAGCACCCGCCCGCUCGAUCGCAACCAGAUGAGGAAGCUCCUCGACAGCAGGAAUGACCGAGAGAUUCUCGAUGGCCUGCGACGGGUCAUCUCGAUGAUGUACCGAAACCACAAGACGCUACCCUUCUUCUCUUCGGUCGUGAAAAACGUAGCCUCGCCCAACAUCGAAAUCAAGAAGCUCGUCUACAUCUACCUUAUCCACCACGCCGAGCACGAGCCCGACCUCGCCCUCCUCUCCAUCAACACCAUCCAGAAGUCGCUGUCCGACACGAACCCCCAGGUCCGCGCCCUCGCUCUCAAGACCAUGUCGGGCAUCCGUGUCCCGGUCAUCAGCCAGAUCGUCUCCCUCGCCAUCAAGAAGGGCGUCGUCGACAUGAGCCCCUACGUCCGCAAGGCCGCCGCCCUCGCCAUCCCCAAGUGCUACCGCCUCGACCCGAGCCAGUCGCCGCAGCUCAUCGAAUACCUGUCUACCCUGCUAGGCGACAAGCAAUACUACGUCGCCGGCGCGGCAGUGGCCUCAUUCCUCGAAAUCUGCCCCGAGCGCAUCGACCUGAUACACAAGCACUAUCGCGCCCUGGUGCGCAAGAGCGUGGACAUGGACGAGUGGAGUCAGCUGGCCAUGCUGCGCCUGAUGACUUACUACGCGCGCAAGUGCUUUCCGAGGAGUCAAUUGUCGGACAAGCCCAGGCAAGAUACCUCGGCCGAUGACUUCUACGGUGAGUCGACUGGUGCCGCCUCGGGUCACGGCUCCUCCACGAAUCCAGAUCUGCUGCUGCUUCUCAACGCCAUACGGCCACUACUCCAGAGCCGCAACUCUGCUGUCGUUGUCGCUGUCGCGCGUUGCUACGUCACCGUUGGGACGCCCGAGUACGUCAAGCUCGCCGUUGGUCCGCUCGUUGCGUUGCUGCGAGGGGCGCAAGACAUCCAGCAGAUUGCUCUCUACAACAUCGUCUCCGUCUGCCUCCUUCGGCCAACCGACUUUGUCACAUACGCGAGCCACUUCCUGGUCAAGUCAACAGACACAGCGCCCGUCUGGGAGCUGAAAUUGGAGGUCUUGACCAUCAUCUUCCCUCACAGCCCUGUCCACGUCAAGAGUCUCAUCCUGAAGGAGCUCGAGCACUUCUCGCAAGGGUCAAAUAAGGCGCUGGUGCGAGAAGCCGUCCGCGCAAUCGGGCGAUGCGCGCAGUCCGACGCGACGACAGCCCCGCGUUGUCUGAAGCUGUUGCUUGGCCAGAUUACCAGCUUGGAUGGAACUCUCGCUGCCGAGUCCCUGACGGUCAUCCGGCACCUGAUACAGCAAGAUGCCGAUGGCCACGUUGGCACCGUGGUCAGGCUCGCGAAGAACCUCGACUCCGCCACGGAUCCGCAGGCCAGAGCCACCAUCAUCUGGCUUGUGGGCGAGUUCUCGGGGCUCAACGGCGAGGACAACAUUGCACCAGACGUUCUCCGAAUCCUGCUCAAGGACUUUGCGAGCGAGUCGGAGGCUGCCAAGCGCCAGAUCCUGUUGCUGGCAGCCAAGGUCUACCUCCACCAUAUCAAUCGCAAGAGCGAGGCCGAAAAGGAGAGGGCAGCCGAGGAAGAUCCGCCGCAAGAGUUGGAGACGCAUCCCAUCGAGCGGCUGUGGGACUAUGUGGUACUGCUUGUGCGAUACGAUACGUCGUAUGAUCUCAGGGACCGAGCCAGAAUGUAUCGAUCUCUACUGGGCGUUCCGCAGCUGGCGACGCUCAUGCUUCUGGCCCCGAAGCCCGCCCCGCAGGCCCCCAGUCCGUCCGAAUCGAGGAAGGGCUUCCUGCUUGGCUCGUCAACGUUGGUCUUGGCUGGCGGAGGCGGUAUCCACGGAUUGAGCGGAUACGAGACGCUGCCGGACUGGGUUGAGGCCGGCAAAGAGCCAGAUCCGAGACUACGAGAUGAAAACGGAGGCGGGCACUCAUCUCGGUACGACAACGAAAAGUCUGUACCGGCAAUGGAGAGGCUCGACGAUGCGGCCCGGGCGGUCCCACCGCAAAAGGCCAACGGCCUCGGAGACAAGGUUGGUGCAAAGACUCUGGACGACUGGCUGGCCGAGGAGGAAGACAGUGGGGAGACGGAGGAGGAGACGGAAGAAGAGACGGACGAGGAGGAGGAAGAAGAGGAGGAGAGCGAUGAGGACGGGGAGGACGAGGAGGACGAGGAGAGUGACGACGAUGGAGAAAAUGACAGGUUGGUCAAACAGUGA